CCAUCUGUCGGGGAGCGGCAGAGUUGGUGGAGUUGACGAGAAGUGGGUCGAUGGAGGCGGUGUGUUGCCCACUCAGGUCCUCAACAAUGUAAAUAUUGGCUGGUGAUGUGUGUUUGAGCCUCGCUCCGCCUCCGGUCCGGUGUGCACCUACCUUGUGCUGCUCAGAGACCACGCCGCCACAACACCGACACCAAUGUAUAAGCAACUACAAAUGGGCCUUCGUGCGUUCCUGCUUCUGGCUCAGAAGAUCUGGAGUUUCGUGUGCUAUGUCCUUCGGAAACAGGCCAGAACGGUUUUGCAGUACCAGCCAGUCAAGUACGAAGUGCUGCCGCUCUCCCCUCUUUCUAAACACCGGCUAAGUCUGGUGAAGCGUAAAGUUUUAGUAUUAGACUUGGACGAGACGCUCAUUCAUUCUCACCAUGACGGUGUCAUUCGGCAAAUGGUAAAGCCAGGCACCCCACCAGAUUUUGUACUAAAGGUUACGAUAGACAGACAUCCAGUGAGGUUCUUCGUCCACAAGCGACCACAUGUUGACUUCUUUUUGGAUAUAGUCUCGCAGUGGUACGACCUGGUGGUUUUCACAGCUAGUAUGGAAAUAUAUGGAGCGGCAGUUGCGGAUAAGCUGGAUGGCGGCCGUGGAAUUUUACGGCGGCGAUAUUACCGCCAACACUGUACGCUCGACUAUGGUAGUUACACAAAAGACCUGGCUGCCAUUUGUCCUGAUUUGGCUUCUAUAUUCAUUCUAGAUAAUUCCCCAGGAGCGUAUAGGCAAUAUCCAGAUAAUGCAGUUCCCAUUAAGUCGUGGUUCAGUGAUCCCCUGGACACGUCCCUGCUCAACUUGCUACCCGUGUUGGACGCACUCCGUUUUACUGCUGAUGUGCGUUCUGUUUUGUCUCGAAAUCUACACCUUCACCGUUUAUGGUAGCACUCAGGGUUCUAGUUUGUAUGGUGUGGCUGUGGCUCUACAAGUUACUACCGGCCACCUUUAUUGGUCUCAGGGGCAUGUGAGGGCAGCUGAAAAGCCUUGGCAGGCCCCCCCCCCUUCCCUCCUACUGGCAUGAGUGGUGAGUGACUGGUGAGAACGCUGGUGGAGUGAAUGGUCUACUUGGGGAGUCCUCAGUCCAACUGAGUCUCUCCCAUACAAUUUUUUAUUUUUUUUUUUCAUAACAAUAGAUUAAUUUAACCUUUAUAGUGCGUGAACACAUUUUUAUAUAGAAUAAUGUUUAGCUACAGAAUAUAUAUAUGUGAAGUCAUUUGAAGGAUGUUGAACAUUUAAAUUUUGAUUUGUCAAGCUUAGAAUACUACUGGGUCAAGUAACGUGGCUUAGGGAUAUGUUGUCUGUGACGUGGGCUAGGAGCUCAUUAGUGUGUUUGUAAAGAGAGCUUUGAGCACUUGUCUCAGAGAUGAAAUUGGAGCCAUCACUGAAAUGGUGGUUUGAGCUGUGUUGUGUGUGUGUGUUUCUGGACAAAAGAGCUCUAUUGUCUUUGUUCGUCAUUGACUUAGAACUCUUGUUGUUUAAACAUCAUUGAUAAAAGUGGUUGGCAGGCAUGUAUAAUGUUGACAGGCAUAUAUAAUGUUGGCUUGAGGCUCCAUUGUUAGCAGGGCUUAAAAAAUAAAAUUCAAAAUUUGUAGCUAACCCACUAGGGUAGCUGCUUAAUGCCUUGGUUGUC